AUGGGAGCACGCACAUCUCGUAUAAGAUCUUCUACCUUACUAGCCAGAGACAAUCAUGCUUUGCCAAAUGAGGAUAUUUAUUCAAUCCCUCAUCGAACAAACAAGAAUCGUAAACCUCCUAGACCUCGACUAGUUGAUGAAGAAGAAUUUCGCAAAGUAAUUUGUCAAUCUUCCAUCAGAGGUUUUUUGACUCGUUCGCGAAGAGCUAAACAACCUCGCUUUAAUCUCAAUCGACAGCCCCAGAUGACUCCUAACAAAAAAGUGGAGGAAUGGUUGCAAAAUGCUGAUAAUGUUUUGGCCGAUCCACCGUCUGCUUUUGAGAUGCCAGUGGUAUGUACAGCAACAGGCCACUUGACAGCUCCUGAAUCUGUGAUUCUGGAAUUAUUGCAACGUGUUCGUGCAGAAGUUCAGACUAUCCGAGAGACAUCCAGUAUGACAAAAAAAGAAGAACUUCUAGAAGGAAUGGAAGAAGCAAUACUUUAUGAUAUUUGUUAUGUUGAACGUCGGUUGGAAGAGCGUCGAAGUCAAAGACGAAGCAUGCGACAACCACGCUUAAUAUCCAAGACAAGCUAA